AUGGCCCCGAAGGGCAGCGGGGCCGCAUAUCGGAUCAGUGUGGAGAAGAAAGAACGAGCACACGGUGUGAGUUUCCAAGUGCGGCUGCUGGCAAAAGAUGGUUCCUCUCUACAUGGGCCAUUACGGGAUUCCCGGGCUGCAGUCGCGGCGGAUCGGGAGCGGAUUGCGCACGCCCCAGACUGGCGCGCGGAGCUCCGCCGCCUGCUGCAAGAGCCCGCGCAGGUCGAUGGGGAGGGCCCGCAGACGCCGCAGCGCCAGCUGGAGGACCCAGGUCGGCGCAGGAUGACAGGGAAGCGGGCGGCGUCGCCGCGCCCGCCACCGACGCCGGGGGCCCCUUCGAAGACGCGUCUACAGACGCUGGGCACUCCUGCCGCAGGCGCGCGCGGCCGGCGGACCCCCGGGUCGGCGCGCAGCCGGGGGCCGACUCCUCGGACGGCCGGGGGAAAACAGGAUCGAUUUGCCAUGACAUUCCAGGACGUGUUGGCUUUUCACAAGCAGCGCGACCGCAUGCCGCUUCGCAAGCAUGGUGGACCAGAAAACGACCUGGCGCGAAGGUGGGGCAAGGCGAGGCGGCCCGCCAAGUUGACGCCGGCCGCGCGGGGCCUGAUGAUGCGCGUCUACGCGCUCGCGGCCCAGGCGGAGGCAGCGAAGCAGCGUGACAGUCGCGCUGCGCGCGCCGAGCAGGCGCUCCUGAUGCUGCACCAGCACUGGUGCGAGGGGAACGACGUCCACGACGAGGACCGUUGGAGGCAGCCCGCCCUGCAUCGGUCUCGCGGCGGCCAGCGCCCGUACCCGUGCCUUUCGAACCUGUGCAACACCUGCUACCUCAACGCGCCCCUGCAGUGCCUCCUCCACUGCCCCGCCGCGCGCGCCGCGCUCCUGGGGGUGGAGGGCGAGGGCGAGCCGCUGGUCGUGCAGGACCCAGGGGCGACGGCGGCGACGCGCGCGCGCCUUCGCGUGGACAGCUGGUCGCCGCGCGCCCUCGUGGAAGCGUUCAUUGCGAAGCACCGCUUCGAGUACGAGCUCGGGGGGUGCGCGGGCGCGAGCGGGGCGCUGGUGGACAUGAUGCAAGACGCGCCGAGUCUUCACAAUCUGUUCCACUUCAUUUCGUCCAACGGCGAGGAGGAGGUCGUGAUGCGUCCCCCGUAUUUCGUGGACGGGGCAGACGACGGCGACGACGCCAUAUCGCCUCAGGAGUUCAUGGGCAUCGUCGAGGGCACGCAGAAACUCAACAUGCGAGAUCUGAUACGUCGCGGCACUUCCAUGAGGGCACUGGCAACCAGGCCGGAGGUGCUGGCCGUCUACGUGGAUCCGAGAUGGAGGCGUGGCGACACGUUGUUCUACAUGAGCGGCAUCGGCCAUCUCCCCGACUGGGGUGACGUGCCCGAGGUGGCUCUGCAGGUGGGUGGGGAAGAUGUCGUGUACCGUCUGCGCUCUUACGUCCAGUGCAAGUUGCCCGAAGAAAAAAGCAUUGCCCCUGCUGGCCUCCUGACGGACCCCGAAGGCCACUACGUGGCCCACUUCGAGGAAGGGGGCGAGUGGUGCACUGCCGACGACCUGGGCGAUCGCGCGCACGUUGCCCGGCGGCCGCCCGGCACCCAUCAUGCGAUGCCCGUGCUGGUCUUCCUUGAGCCGGUGGACUCCAGAGCGGCCCGCGCCGCGGAGUGCCCGUGGCCGCCCGGGCAGGUCGUUGACAGCGCGGGGGGCGCGGGCGACGAGGGUGACGUGAGCGCGGACGGUGAGGGCUGCCCCCGCCUCGACGGGGGGAAGCGGCUCCGCCUUCGAGGGAAGCAGAGCGCAGCUGGGCGGCAGCAGAGCCGCGCCGGGAGGCAGCAGAGCCGCGCUGGGAGGCAGCAGGAGAGGCAGCAAAGCCGCGCUGGGAGGCAGCAAAGCCGCGCUGGGAGGCAGCAGGAGAGGCAGCAAAGCCGCGCUGGGAGGCAGCAGAGCCGCGACGACCAGAAGCGCGGUUGCCGGCCAGAGGAGGUGCUGCGGCAGGGGCGGAAGCUGAAGAGCAAGGGCGACAACGCAGACGGGUCCAGGCACGACGCCCAGAACAACGCCGCCGCACCUGUCCUGCGCAGCAGCAGAGAGGCGAAGAGCUUGCAGGCGGCCUGCGACGCGCGCCGGGAGUGCGGCGACCUCUUCCUGCUCUUGCACUUGCUGGAGCCGCUGGCCACUGCCGAUGACCUGCUGAAGCACUACCCCGACUUCUUCGUCUACGCAGGCGACGACUGCGCCAACCGAUGGGCGACGUUCUUGCGCGCCCCCGAUCGGCCUGACAGGUUGGCUGGCAGGCUGCGGGAGGCGCUCGGGGUGGCGGAGGAGGAGAUUUCCGACGCCAAGCGCCGACUGGAGAGCGGGGAGUGGCACAUGCACCACGUCGCGGAGCUCCUGGACGAGCGUCUGAACUCCGCCCACAGCGCCCACUCCGCGGCGGCCGCGGUGCGCUUGGCGGUGGGCGACGGGCCGGGCGCGCAGGACGACGGCAACCCGCUGAGGGCGCACCUGGCCGAUGCGUGGCAGCACAGACCCUGCGACCGCGGCCCGCCCCGGCACUCGGCCAUGCCUGCGCGCCUUCGGGAUCGCUCUGAGUGGUUCCAGUGCCCCGCGCCUGCCCUGCAUUAUGCCUGCCGCAUGUGCGAGGCCGAGUUCCCGAACCGGGAGGCAUUCAAGGCGCGCCAGGGCAGAGUCCACGGGGGGCAGCGGUGGUACCAGUCGCAGCAUGUAGCGCGGUGCGAGCUGGAGCCCUACCAGCCGUCGCCGACCGAGGAGCGCCAGGUGGUUGCCAGGUUCCACAUGUCCCAGUGCUGCGCCACCGUCGACCCCGUGGACGAGCCGUUCGUCCCGAAGCCCGAACCGGAGGUGCAGAAGCAGCUUCUCCACGCGGAGAUCAUCGGCAGGAUCAUCGGCAAGAUCGGGCAGUGGGGGCCCGCGGAGGAGGUUUCCCGGCAGGCGGCCGACGCGGCGGAGUCGGCGGCCCUCGCUCAGGCGGCGUGCCAGACGAGGGAGCCCCGCGCUUUCAAGGCCUGCGUCUGCAGCGCCAUGCAGCAGCGGUCCGAGAACCUCCACUCGGAGUACCUCGUCGGCGACAAGUGCACCAUAAAGGACCGGGCCCAGUUCGCGGACUGCCUGUCGGCCGAGUGGUAUCACCAAAGGUGGCCCCUCAUACCGCGCGACGAGCUGAUGUCGUCGGCCGUGGACUUUCCCCGCGACGACUGCGAGGGCUCGCCGACGUCCACGAAGAUACUCUUGCACAAGAGGCGCGUGCCGCCCGAGGCGCUCGAAGGGAAGGUGCCAGUGAGAGUGUGCGACGAUUGCCGGGGAGACCUGUGGUCUGAUCGCCCCAGGGUGCCGCUGAUGGCGCUGGUGAACGACCUCUGGCUGGGCCGCCACCACCCCCUGCUCAGGAAGGCCGCUCUCGCGCACCAGAUGCUGCUCGCGCUCGGUCGCGCCGUGUCCACGAAGAUCUACCUGUCCAGCAAGGGCGCCGACAAGGCUGUCCGGCAGGGCGCCGCAAUCGUGUUCGGGAACGGGAUCGUGGACCACGCGAUGCGGAGCUUCCCGCCGGAGCCCGACAUGCUCGGGGACACGUUCGUGGCCGUCUUCGCGGGCGCCGACGACGACGAGGAGGGCAUCCCCCUGACCGAGGAGCAGAAGCAGGAGAGGGCCCUGAGAGCCACGAGGGAAGAGGUGGCGCUGCACGUCGACAAGGCGGAGUACGACGCCCAGGCGCGGUUGUUGAAGCAGCGCAACUACGUGUGCAAUGACCCGGGCGUGCAGUGCCGAUCUGACCACGUGGACCGGUUCCCCAGGCAGCCGGGCGUGCCCGACUUCACGCUGGCCUGCGCGAAGUAUGUCCCCACGGAUGCGGCGUUGGACGACGUCGCGCAGGCGCAGGGGCCCGCGUCGGCCACCACUGGCGCGCAGGCAGAGAUGAGCGCGGCCGCCGAGGACGCGCAGGAGCUGACCAAGUGGCUGUCCGUCCUUGAGGACCACAUGGACGACGUCAGCGAGCUCGCGCCCCUGCCGGCGCUCCAGGGCAUGCUCGAGAGGAUGGAGAGUCAGGCGGGGCGCGUGGUGGCCAACGAGCUGAUGUCCAGGCUCGAGGACCAGGGGGGCGGGGAUAGGGCGCUGCAGCUGGACGAGAUCGGGCGUCACCGCCUGCGAGACCUCUGCCAGGAGUUCCACGCGCGCUGUCGGAAGAUCUCCCCGGGGGAGGACAUGGCGAAGCUGCGCUGGCGCGUCCAGGCGCUGGAGACGAACAACUGCCAGGCGGAGGAGGGCGCGGGCGACCCGGCGCGACCUGCAGGAGUCGCGGGGACUCCCGCCGAGGACGACCCGCGCUCCUUGCAGGGACCGCCCAGCCCCGACGGCCAGCGAAAGGCGAAGCUUCGGGUGCCAACUUCGAGGAAGGCGGAGAGCUGGUGGAAUCCGAAGUACUGGUCCAUUGCCAGGCCCACGGAUUUCUGCUACGGGGACUGCGCCUGGGGCCUCGGCCAGCUCCCCCCGGACGGAGACGAGGGCCCGCAGAAGCAGAAGGAGGGUCGGCUCUGCUUCAGCGUGGCGCACUUCAUCAAGAAUCUUCUCACGCGGGAGGAGACGGAGUACGACGUGCCUGCCGACGAGGAGAAGUACGUGGCCAGGCCCAUCAGUCGUUUCCGGAGCUCCUGGUACGACGUGCACCUGCUGUGUUCCUUCUGGAGAGUCACGGAGACGACCAACAGCACCUACACCUUCAUGAAGACGCCCGGGGCGUUCGGGGCCGCUCGCGCCUGCGCGGACAUCACGCCAGAGAUGAUCGAGGAGGUGCAGCUCAGGGCGCAGCAGACGGGCGGGAAGGCCACGCUGCGCGGCAUCCUCAAGGACAAGGACACCCCGAACGAGGUGCGGAAGGCCUUCGCUACCCUGGGCCAGGCCGCUGCCAGCCAAGUCGGGUCCGACGGACACAGGCGGGAGCUGCGCGGAGAGGGCGAGGCGUAUGCCCUGCGCUUCGGCCCGCCCGUCCAGUUCGUCACUCCGAAUCUGGCGGACACCAAGCAGCCCCUGAUCCUCAUCGUGCAGGGGGAGGAGUACACCUUCGACAACGACCUGACCGAGGCGGAGCAAGUCACGUUCAGCGAGAUGUCGCAGCGCAUCGCCGUGGACCCCGUGGGCCAGGCCGUGGUGUUCGAGCUGAUGAUGAGGCUGUUCUUCGUCCACGUCCUCGGCCUGCGCCCGGAGACCGUCGGGUGGCGGCGAGGAGAAGUUCGAAAGGCUUCGGAACACUGGAUCUCCGACGGCGUGGCGGCCGACCUCAUGGGCGUGCCCACGGUGUUCGGCCCCCUGGCGGCGGCUUUCGGUCCGGUCGAGGCUCAGGGCCGCGGCUCGCUGCACCCGCGCAUCCUCAUCUGGCUGCUGCAGGGUCAGCUGCGCGUGCUCUUGGACAUGCUGCAGCGCGACGAGGCGCGCUUCCAGGAGCGCUUGAACCUGUGGAUGCGGCAGGUGUUGCAGGCCGUGGUCGCCACCCAGCAGAGCGCCGUGGAGCUGCUGCCCUUGCAGCUGCAGGGGGGCGAGAACAAGUGCGGGGUCGCGGUGCCGCCGCUGCCGUUCGGGCCCAACGAGAAGCGGUACUUCAGAGCCGACGGGGGCGCGGAGAUGGCGACUGCAGAGCAGCUCGGGGUCGAAGGCGAGACGGAGCCGCAGGAGCUGUGGUUCUACGAGCCCAAGGUAGACGACUACCACAGGGCGAUUCGCCCCGAUCUGCCGCUGCGCAACAACGACGGCGAGGCCGUGGACGGCGAUGCGGCGUGGACAGAGCAGAGGGCCGCGGAGAACAAGGGGUACUGGCGGCGGCCGCUCUCCAGCAGCGCCUCCGGCAUCUUCCCGAGGUACCGCGGCGGGGGCACCCUGGCGGAGUCUCUCCCAAGCGACGAGUGGAUUCGCGAGAUGUGCCGCGACGCGCGCGAGCUUGUCAUCGGCUGCGGCAUCCACGUCUGCAGCCCCUCCUGCUACAAGUACCAUUCCGACGAGACGCGCGGCGUGCAGAUCUGCCGCCACAACUUCUACAACCUGGUGACACUGUGCACGUGGCCCGAGGGGGGGGACUCCCAAGAGUGCCGGCUCCGCACGCGCGGGAUGGCUCUGCGCGGCUGCAUCGGCAUCUUCCGCGAGACGGACUACGGCAUGGCCGGGCGCGUCGCCAUCUUCCAGCUCCACCCCGGGGAGACCUCGACGAAGUACGCGGCGGUCGUCUCGGCGCGGUGCAACGUGGACGUGCAGGACAUGACGGGUGCUCCCCCGCGCCUGUGGAUGGACGCGUCCGAGCUGGAACCGCCGGCGAUAGAGGAGGACCGCAAGAGCUACAACCAUGGUCUCUACCCUCAGCGCUACGCCGACUUCUCGGUGGGCGCUCGGGAUGACUGGGGAUGGUUCCAGCAUCUGAACACCACGUCCGCGGAGAAGGAGCUCGCGAACCGCGACAGCCCCGCCGUGGACGAUGGCGACGUUGCGCGCGCCGAUCUCCAAGGCGACCUGGAGCGUCACGCGCUGGCCACAUUCGUGGACGCCCACAACACGAGCUACUGCGUCAACUCGUACACCACGAAGGUGAACCCCAGCAUGGACGACGUGCUCUGCAAGCUCCUCGACGGCGUGCGCCGCCUGAAGAGCCAGUGGGACGACAGGGAGGCGCAGGCCGCGGGCGGCGCCGGCGACGAGGCCCAGUCGACCGCCGCAGGAAAGCGCAAGGAGGAUUUCAAGCGCACGCUGCAGGUGCUGGCCCGCUUCGAGACCUGCUUCCGCAGAGCCUCGUGGAAGAGCGGCAGCGAGAUGGUCUUCCCCAUGCUCUUCGGGCACCUCUCCUUCAUGACGCACCGUUGCUGGAAGGUGUUCAUGCGAAAAUCCAUCUACCUCGCCGCGGAGUCCUGGAGCAGGCGAUACGGCCAGGCCGACGCCGCGGAAAGCGCACCCGCCGCCUCGAUCACGUACGCGGUCCCCGGCACUGGACAGCAGGUCACGAUGCCGGGGUGGCGCGAGGUGCAGCGCGAGGGCGAGACGGUGUACGUCAGCCCCGACGGCGAGGAGUUCGACGCGAUCGAGUACGCGCACCAGGCGUUCCAGAUCGCGAACGCCAGCGGCGGCUCGAUGCGCGACGUGACGAAGGCGUUGAACAGGAUGCGGGAAGGCGAGGCCGAAGAGGUGCCUGAGGCUCCGGGGCCGACUGUCGAGGGCCUCGCCCAGGGCAAAUUCAGGGGCGCAGUGCUGAGCCAGCACGACGACUGGAUGCACCGCGGAGACCACCCUAUUGUCCGAGACAUGAGCUUGUACGUCUACAGCAUCUGGGUGUACCGCGUGGAACUGCCGCUGCAUGCCCUUCCGGCCGGGGAGUUGGAUCCCGAGGGCAGCGGGGGUCGCACCCUGCACGUCGACAUCGCCUUCGACUCGUCCUACUCGGCGGCGCGCAACUGGGCGCAGAGGCUGGCCGUCGAGCCGCGCAUCCCGAAGGCCGACGGCUUCCAGUUCGUGAGCGCGGAGUCGAACGUGGAGACGCACUACCUCAUGAAGUCGGUGCUGCUCCGGCCAGUGCACCUGCCGGACGCCGACGGGCCCAACGACACGAAGGAGCUGCGCUACCUCCGCGCGUACGAGCACCUGCGCGCGGCGCCGGAGGGCGAGCUAGAGUGGCCGGCGCAGCCG